AUGAAUUUCCCAGUCGACCAUGACCUCGCUCAGCAACACGCCGGUCACUAUCUCAAACGAGACGCAGCCGACCGAAUUCACGACGACGGCUUCAAUGCGCGGCGCACAGGAGUCUCCGCCGCGACGACGACGAUGCCUCACCCGCACCGACCUCUCCUCGAGUCCAAACCCGAUGAGAAACUGUCGGAGAAGCUGCCCGUGUGUCCCACGACAGUCCCUAUCCCCAAACCGCAGAUGCUCCUCCCUUCGAUGAGAGACGUGGCUGUGGAACAGAAGAGACCAAUGCAAUGGAAUACAAAGAAUCUGGGGUUGCGACUGGGCGCAGAUGUUGUCUCUGCCGCCAGCGCUUCCGCCCUGAUCGCGCCCAUCAUCACUGUUAUAGACCGAUCCAUCGUUGAGAAAGCAGCGAAUGGUGCCUCCUUCUCAUCCUGCCUUCUGCGCUCCCUGCAUCCGGCCGUCACCCGUCCACACGCCUUCAUCUUCUCCAGGCCGUUCCUGCUCAUCUUCAGCCUGUAUUUCUCCACCUACACGACGGCCAACGCUGUCGAUACGUUCCAGUCGACCGUGGCGUCAACACCGGCCUCGACGGUUUCUUCGGGCGCGACCAAAUUCAUCGCCACAUCCUCAGUCAACAUGAGCGUGUGCGUGUACAAGGAUUCCCGCUUCGCGAGGAUGUUUGGAGCAGCAGCCUCGUCCUCUUCACCGGCAGCCGCCGCCGUCGUGCCCAAGCUCUCCUACGCCCUCUUCGCCGUGCGGGACUGUCUGACCAUCUUCGCGUCGUUCAACCUCCCGUCCAUCAUAGCGCCGCAACUCGCGAACCUGCCCCCGGAGGUGCGGUCGCGGUUCUCGCGCAUUCUCUCCACGGAGGCGGGCAGGACGAAUACCGCCCAGUUCAUGGCGCCGGCCGCCAUCCAGUUGAUCUCGACCCCGAUUCAUCUGCUGGGGCUGGAUCUGUACAACAGACAGGGCCGAUUGGGGUUUGGCGAGCGAUACUCUCGGGUUGUCAGGGAUUGGGGGAUCAGUGCUUUGGCUCGUAUGGGGAGGAUCAUUCCCGCUUUCGGUGUCGGCGGCGUCGUCAAUGCGAACAUGAGGAGAAAUUUCAUGACCAACAUCGAAAAGCUAUGA